AUGGAAACCAAGGAAAAAGCUACUAUGUCUUCACCAUUUCAAUAUGAAGCAACUCUUCUAGAUCAAAACCCAGGCAUUGUGUGGGGAAUGAUAAAAAACCUCCAAUUUGACGUUCUUUGCCCAAGCUGAAUCGCAAAUGUUCACUGGGAACAAGGAGAGCCAGGAAAAGUAGGCUCAGUCGUGACUUUUGAGUAUACCGAUGGAGCUAAAUGGCAAUUUCAGGUAUCUGAAAUAAGUGAUAUUAAAAAUACAAUUGUUUUUGAGCUAAUCGAAGCAAAUCCUCCAGCUAUGGCUACAGGAAUUCUUAAUCCUAAUUUAAAAGAAAAAAAUAGGUAAAAUUUCCAUUUUUGAUACUUAAAGCCCACUUUAAAUUGGAUCAAAAUUUUUUCAAUCGGAAAAUUUUAUAGGUAAAAAAUACUAAUUAUAAAAUUAGCUUUGACGUAAUUUACUAGGAAAAGUGCAAUGAAAAUGUUAUUUAAAUGAUUUUCUCACUGAAUCAAUUAGAUUUUUGGAUUAAUUUUAUAAAAAUAAAUUAAAAUUCAAAAACAUCUCUUCAAUUUAUUUUUUUAAUUUAUAUAAAAAAUUUAUUAUAGAUAAAAUUUAAUAUAAAUUGUUAUUAGUUUAAAUUGGAAGAGAAUUUUGUUCCAAUUAAAAAGGGGGGGAUUUAAUAAAAAUUACAAUCCAUAAAGAAACACUUAACAAUAAAACAUUUUUGAUUUGGGAAACAAUUUUUUCGACUGAUACAACAACAGAAGUUAUUUUAGACAAUAAAUUCAAAAAAGUUGAUUUUUUAGUAUCAAUGUCAAGAUAUUUUCAAGCAGCAUCGCAAUAA